AUGUUUGGGGUCAAGCGUCAGCGAGACGACGAUAAGGCGUCCGAGCUUGAUCCACAAAACAAGUGCUCCUCACUCACAAUCCUCGAAUUGCAGAAGCUUUGUCAGCCAUGGGAAACACCGGACCCUCUCCCUGAGUCUCCGAUCGACCUCGAUCAUAAUCCUUUCCGGCACCCGACCUUGACUCCCGUGGAUUCCUCUGACGAAGAAGCUACUUCCAAGAAAGCAAGCACACACGAUGCUCCGGCGGAUCCUCCGCCAAACGUCAUGGAACUCCCAUGGGCGCCGAUCGUCACCUUCAGCAACGCGUCUACAAACCCACCCACUGCCCUGGCUGGUAGCCAUGAACUCUCCUGGUUUGUGAACUCCAACGACAUGAGCAUCCCUCCUCAGUCCAAUCUGCCUCACUUUGUCCCCAUUCAAUCAAACAGUGCCAAUGGGGCCUUCGCAGCCAUUCAGAGGCCCAGCCCUGGUGCAGUCGCACACGACCCCAUGAACACCCCUAAACCAGACCCAAGCUCGGAAGGUGUCGCUCCUGAAUAUCCAGACUAUUUCAUGCGCACUGCCAGGCUCCCAAGCCCCACCAGUGAUGACGGCAAUGAUACGUCUACGAGUAGUUUUGCCCUAAGCGACACAGACAUGGCCACGUACUCUCACUCUCCUCGGUGGUCCCCAACCCCAGAAUUUCCCGAGAAUCCAGCAUUUCUUACACCCGUUUUAACUCGCCGACCCACUCCACGUGCCAUGCAGCUCUCUGAGAGUGCUGCUCCCAAGAAAGGGGCCAUUGCUAUGGGGUACCGUGCCGACUGUGAGAAGUGCCGGAACAAAGUCCCAGGGCACUACAGUCACAUCAUCCGCAAUUAA